AAACUCACUCCCACUUCCACUUUCAGGUGCGCUCUUCGCUGGCUCGCACGAAGCGGCUUCGAAUCACCGUAAAACCCUAAGAACUUCGCCGGUGCGUGGGAGAAGAGAAGAAGAAAUGCAGAUGGGAGGGGCUGUGGCGACAGAUUCUAGUGGGAUGAAUGAAGAUCCGGCGGCGGCUGCCGCGUGUGGGAGUCCGGAGAUCGAUACUUCGGCGCCGUUCGAGUCGGUGAAGGAGGUGGUGGAUCGUUUCGGUGGGAGCGCCGACUGGAAGUUGCAGCUCAAGGAGAUCUUUUUCCCAGGGCACUCUUUUUGAAUGCUUAUUCCUGAGUCUCUCUUCCACACGUUCCAUCAGAAACCCCACUGCUUUGAGGAUGUUGAGGUUAUGAAAGUGGAGGAACAGAUAGCUGAACUAGAGAAAGAUCUCAUCCUGAAAGAAAGGGAAACACUCGAUGUCUUGAAAGAGCUUGAAACGACAAAAAAUAUUGUAAUUGGCUUAAAAUCGAGGCUACAUGAAGAAACAUCAGAAACCAAUAAUAUGUCAUCUAUGAGCGUUGAUCAUGUAGAAGUGCAUUAUGGAUUGGAAAUUUGUGGAACGAUAGGAUUGAGCCAAUCUGAAAAACAGAUUUCAUUAGACCCGAAGAAGACCAAGGCAAACUUGAAUGGGUCAUCCAAUGAUCUAUGUGGCAUUCAAACUUCUGUCAAAAUGCUGAAAAUGAGGAUAGGAGAGGAAAAGGUUUUACUGGAGAAAACCCGAGAGAAGCUGGCUUCAAAUAUUGCAUUGGUUUCAUCACUAGAGGAGGAACUUAAUCAGACAGCAGCGAGAUUGCAAAAGACUAAAGAUCUGCAAAGUAUGAGAUCUGAAGAACCCUGUAAUAUUUUGCAGGAGAUCAAACAAAAGAACUUGGAAAUAGAACAGUCAAUGCAGUCAAUAGAAGCUGCUAAAGUUGAAUUGACCAAUCUGACAUCGGAAAUUGCUCAGACAAAGUCUAGCAUUAAGACAACUGAAGCCCGACAACUUGCAGCUAAGAAGAUCGAAGAAGCAGCGAAAGCAGCUGAAGCUGUAGCUCUUGCCCACACAAAAGGUUUAAUGAUCAGUAAUAAUUCAAUCAAAGAGCUUGAGAAUUCACAUGGCAUAAACAUUUCAAUUGAGGAAUUUCACAACCUAACAGGUAAAGCUCGAGAAGCAGAUGAAAUCUCUAGACAGAAAAUUGAAACCGUCAUGGUUCAAAUAGAGGAGGCAAACAGAUCUAGAUCAGAAGCGAUGAUGAAAGUUGAGGAUGCAACUGCCGAUGCAAAAAAAUAUAAGAAGGCACUUGAAGAUGCACUGAAGCGGGUAGAGGUUGCCAACACAGGGAAGCUUGCUGUCGAGGAUGCUCUACGGAGAUGGCGAUCUGAGAAUGGUCAGAAGCGGCGCUCUGGUGUACAAAACACCACAAAAUUUAAGAAUUCUGCAUCGCACCAACGGAAGGAUGCAUGUGUGCUUGACCUGAACAGCUCAACCUUGGUUACUGAGGCAACAAACUAUGGUCCAAGACCAGCAUUGUCUAUCGGGCAGAUACUGAGCAUGAAGCUGAUCAGUCCAGAAUCACCUGAAGAGCACGACAGCAGAGUCAGGGAGAAGGAAAAUGAAAAACCCAAGGUUUCAUUGGGUCUGAUGCUGACCAGAAGGGAAGAGUUUCUAACAACUCCCCAGGAGAGUAAAGAAGGAUCUGCACAGAAGCAGUUUUCCGUGAAGAGGAAGAAGCUCGGUUUCGUCGGGAUCCUGUGGGCAAAACAGAUCAAAAAGAACAAAAGAAGAUGCCAUCUCGGAACAAAAGCAAGCUAAAUUCUGAUGGGACAAUCUAUUUCUCGAGUAGGCGAGAAAAACAUAUGUAACAUUGUAGUUACGACGUCGUUUUUGUAUAUAAUUAUUAUUAGGGAAAUGAAGCUGUGUAGCUUCUAGACUCUAGGUUGUUGUGAGCAAGACGUAUUUAACUUAUAAAAUGGUUUAAAGCAAAGUUAGUUCAUUA